UCGAAUUUUCCGGAAGAGUUGAAGCAUGGAAUUUACGGUAUCCAAAAGACAGGAAAUGUUCCGGUGGAACGCUCCCACAUAUUAACAGUCGUACGCACGCGUCUCUUCCCUUCCCUUUUCUUUUGUCUGGUACUCGCACUAAAAACUAGAAGCCAUCACCAUAACCCUCGCAACGCUGUCUUGUUCAUCAUCACAGAAGGUGUUGAGUGGUUAGGGUUUGGGGGGGUUGAAAAAGAAGAGAAAUGGCUUCUUCAGAUGAUGAGGGAGAGGCUCAGCCAUUAUCUAUAGUGAAUUACCAUUUUCAAGAUGACGACGAAGGGCCUGUGUCUUUUUCUGUGUUGCCAAUUCAGUGGAGUGAGUCUGAGAGUCCAGUUGGUAAAAAAAAGCAGGUGUUCUUGAACGGUUAUGUGGAUAACGGACUGAAGAAAUUUUUCACUCAAGUUGUUGCGUGGAGGUUUGAUCUUUCCUAUGUAAGGCCGGAGAUAUCGGUGCUUUCUAAGGAUGUGAAAUGGAUUAAACUUGAGAGGCCUAGGAAGAGCUAUGAGGAUAUCAUAAGGACUAUUUUGAUCACCAUUCACUUCCUGAGUUAUGUGAAGAAGUAUCCUGACACAUCUGCCAAAUCUUUGUGGGAUAACUUGAGCAAGAAAAAGGAGUUUAGAUCUUAUGAGGUUAUGCCUUCACAAAAAGAUUUAUUAAAUCAUAUGGUUUUAAUGGGGGAAGCUGCCAAAAGAGAUGAUGUUUUAGCAAAGUCCAAGCUUUUGCUCAUGGUUCUGGAAGAUAAGGAUAAGCCGAAUAUUAGGAAACUAUCUGAUGAGGAAGUUAAAGAUUUAGCACGACCUGGAUUUAUAAUUGAUGAUAUUGACAAUGAUAUGAUUGAUGAAGCUGUUGAAGAUUCAGAUGGAGAGGAAGAGUUGUUUGAUUCUGUUUGUGCAAUUUGUGACAAUGGUGGUGAACUUUUGUGUUGUGAUGGAAAGUGCAUGAGGUCUUUUCAUGCUAAUGAGGAGGAUGGCGAAGAAUCUGCUUGUGCCUCUCUUGGUUUUAGCCAGAAGGAAGUUGAUGAGAUCCAAAACUUUUACUGCAAGAAUUGCGAAUAUAAUCAACAUCAGUGCUUUGCAUGUGGCGCACUAGGCUGUUCUGAUAAAUUUUCAGGUGCUGAGGUCUUCAAAUGUGCUUCUGCAACCUGUGGCUUCUUUUAUCAUCCACAUUGUGUUGCAAAGUUACUUCACAAACUGGUUGAGGAUGCCCCAAAGGAACUUGAGAGAAAAAUUGCCGCGGGGGGACCUUUUACUUGUCCAACUCAUUAUUGCCGUGUUUGUAAAGAAAUGGAAGACAAGAAGAAACAUGACUCACAAUUUGCUGUUUGUAGGCGUUGCCCCAAGUCUUAUCACCGCAAAUGUUUGCCAAGAACAAUUGCUUUUGAUGACAUUGAGGAUGAAGGUAUUAUAACAAGGGCUUGGGAAGGACUUCUACCAAACAAUCGGAUUCUUAUAUAUUGUUUAAAACAUGAGAUCGAUGAUGAACUUGGGACUCCUAUAAGAGAUCAUAUAAAGUUCCCCCAAGUUAAAGCUGCUACUGUUCGAGAAAUUAAUACUGAGGAGAAUGUAAAGCCUGGUACGAAAGAGAGAGUUAUAUUGAACAAGAAUGAUAUAGACUCAGAAAAUUUAUUUGGCAAAAGAACUAUUGCUAAAGUUUCUAAACUGUCUGGUAAAAUUUCUUCUGGGAAAGUUGGUGACAAGAAGUCUGUAAAGAUUUCUGAAUCAAAUAUAUCAAGGAAUAAAACAAAUGAAGCAUCAAGAAGGUCUUUGAAUGAAAGUAAGAGGUUAAUUUCAAAGGCAACCAGAAAGUCUGAUGCUGUGGAAAACAGGCCCUCAUUGGGUGAAAAAUUAUUUGCUUUCUAUCAGAGCAGAUCUGAGCAAAUUAAUUCUGCUAAUCAGGUUGAGGAUGUAGCUAAUAGUACCCUGCCUAUUAGGCCUGCUAAAAAGCUGAGUAGUACAUUGCCCCCAUUAGAUGCAGAUUCAGAGAAGAGAUUGUUGGCUUUGUUUAAAGAAGCUACUUCAUCAAUUACUUUGGAGAAUGUUAUAAAAGAGCACAAAUUUGCUUCUACUCAUACUCACUCAUUGAAAAAUGUUGUGGAAAAGACCAUUACAUUGGGGAAAUUGGAAGGCUCAGUUGAGGCUGUUCGAACAGCCCUAAGGAUGCUAGAGGAUGGGCACAAUAUUCGGGAUGCAGAAGCUGUAUGUGGUCCUGAUGUUCUAAACCAGAUAUUUAAGUGGAAGGACAAGCUGAAAGUAUAUCUUGCACCUUUUCUAAUUGGUAACCGCUAUUCAUCAUAUGGCCGCCAUUUUACACAAGUUGAAAAGCUGGAAGGGAUUGUUGAUAAACUCCAUUGGUAUGUUCAGAAUGGUGAUACAAUUGUGGACUUCUGUUGUGGUGCUAAUGAUUUUAGCAUUCUUAUGAAGAAAAAGCUGGACGAGACAGGGAAGAGAUGCUCAUACAAAAACUUUGAUUUACUUCCAACAAAGAAUGAUUUUAAUUUUGAGAUGAGAGAUUGGAUGACUGUCCAACCAAAUGAGUUGCCUUCAGGGUCACAGUUGAUCAUGGGCCUCAACCCCCCCUUUGGACUUAAGGCAGCUUUGGCUAACAAGUUCAUAGAUAAAGCUCUACAGUUCAAGCCUAAGCUCCUGAUUCUCAUAGUACCAUCAGAGACAAAGAGGCUAGAUGAUAGACGGUCGACUUAUGAUCUUGUUUGGGAGGAUGAGAGGUUUCUAUCGGGCAAGUCAUUUUAUCUACCUGGAUCAGUUGAUACUAACGACAAGCAAAUAGAACAAUGGAAUGUAAAGCCACCCCCACUCUAUCUUUGGAGUCGUCCUGAUUGGACUGAUAAGCACAAGGCCAUAGCUCGGGAGCAUGGUCACCUCAUCAGUCACCAUGAGGUGUCUAAAAUGGAAAGCUUUGAUAAAGGAACAUCACCUGCCAGUCAUAAUGUGGAUGAUAAUUAUGGUUUUGAUAUCACGCCAGGGCAUGAUAUAUUGAAUUCAGCUGAGGCAGAUAUGAGUGAUGGCCAGACAGGAUGCUCAUCGCAUGGAAAUGUUGAUCGAGAGGGCCAAGAGAGACAGGAAUAUCGGGCGAGCAAGGCUGAGAAGACCUCAUUAAAGAGGAAACGAACUGAGGAAAAUGAUGGAAGAGGACUAGGUGGGACCUCACCAUCCAAAAGGCAGGUUGUAAAUCAAAUGCUUGAGGGAGUACUGGACCAUAGCGAACCCAAUCCAAUUUGUGGGAGAUCCUCAGUUGAACGUUUUCAGCCCAAACCUGACAUGCCACCUCCAGAUUUUGAGCUUGGUGAUAAAGGUUAUAGGCAUUUGGAGCCUACCUCUUCUUCACGUUUGGGGGGGCUAAGAGCAGUCUAUAGUGGGUCCCAGAAUUGGUCGAGUGUUGCCAAUCCCCAUUAUGAUGCUGGGGUUACGGAUGUAGAUGAACACCAUAGCAGCCUCGGCGGCAGUAACGUUGGAUAUAGACCUUAUGUUAGAGAGGAUGAUAACUACAUUAGGGAAUUAGAGGCAAGGCAACAGACUCGCCAUUAUGGGCUUCUGAAUCCUAAUUCUGUGACGUCUAAUUAUCUAUCUGGUCAUGACCCAGCUCAUAGCCGCCCCAUGGGAUCAAGUUAUCCACUCCAUGGUUCAUUAUCCGAGUCUUACACACCAGCCAUGCAACGAUAUGCACCUCGCCUAGAUGAGUUAAACCAUGUCCGGAUGGAUCCUUUGGGGUCUGAACCUCCUAUAGUUGGUAGAAACGGCACUUUUGAACGUAGCAUGCCCCAACCUGGAAAUGGAAGUUCGAUGCCAGGUUUUGCCGCUGGUUAUCACCAUGUGUAUUCACGCCAGAAUUCAUCAGACUGGUUCAAUGGUUAGUUUGAAUGCCCAUUUUUUAGUUUUCCUCUUUUACUUUUUUUAUUUUUUAUUUUAUAAAGAUGCUGUAUGUUGUAUCCAGAAGAUAUCAUUGGUUUGUUAUGGUAAUCUUCGGUUUAUUUCCUUCUCAAAGAACAUUUAGGGGUAAUCAUGUGUAUAUGGAGGCUCUAGUGGAUAGAUAUGGUGUAUUAUCUAGUUUUAUAUUGUAAAUUACAAUAUAUACAAUCUGGAAUCUGAGACUUGCUUUCAAUUGGAUAUUUUAAAUAUUCUUUCUU